AGUUGAAACAUCCUAAUCCAUGAUGGUAAACAGUAAGCCCAUCAUUCAUUUCCAUGGCUCAUGGCUGCUGAGUAUCGCCUCUCUUGCUUCGGCCUGCAUCUGCCUUUGCCUGAUGUCCCUGCAGUCCACCAGGCUCAGACAUCUUCAGAUCGAAUUGGGGGAACUGCGUCAAUGGACCGGCCUCGAAUGCAGAGAGACAGAUGAUGCCAUCUCGCGCUGCGAAAUGUAUAACUCUCACAGAGGUUAUCAGUGGGACGGAAUAGUCAGCGGCAAAGAAAAAAGGGAUGUUGCCAGGUCUGGUAAACGACGACAACGCUUUGCAGCUGGGAGGGUUGCUGUUCUUCAUCUUCAACCUCUCUCCUUGCACUCAUAUGAUGAAGAUGAUUACACACUGAUCAAAUGGACUGUUGGGAAAAGUCUGGGGAAUGGACUGCAAGUAGGCCUAUCUGGAGAAACGGUCACUAUAGUAACAGAGGGGACAUACUUUAUCUACAGUCAGGUGCUGUAUAAGGACACCACAUGGACCAUGGGACAUGUGAUUAAAAAGCGAAUACAUGGAACAGUGACCAGCUUGAUGAAGUGCAUACAAAGCAUGCCUAGCAACAUCACAGUGGCUCAAAACACCUGCUACACUGCUGGUGUCCAUUACCUAGAGCCAGGAUCAACAUUGGAGGUCUCUGUUCCACGUAAAUCUGCUGGUGUAGUCCUCAAGGCUCAUGCUACCUUUCUCGGCAUGUUCAGUAUAUGACGUAUUUGACUCAGUUUCCUUAACAUACACCUCAAUGUAGCAUGCAUGGAUACAUUCUAUUUCUCCAACAGUAACCCCGCUGUUAAAUGAACGUGCAUUAUCCAUUUGGGAAGAAUGACGUUGGAUGAAAUAGCGACCUCUUUAGACCGAAGAAGUAACUUUGCUAGAGGCGAUGUAAAGUCAACUGUUGUAGCCUAUAAGAUUUUUCAAUUGUGUUAUUCCAUCGGUAGUUAAUUAGGCUACAUCUUUUCUGAUGGUAUUCUUGUCUGAUUGAGUUUGUCGUCUUCGACUCGAUUUUGUUCUAAAUAUUGCUAUUUACUAAGCUUUUGGGUAAUAACGGAUGACUUAAAUGUAAAAAGGUUUUUUAUCUGUAAAUGUAACAAAAAGAGCUUACAUUUGUUGGCUGUUUGACCUAGCCUACUAUAUUUUACCAAUCAAUGAGUUUUUCCUGUGCCCUCUGAGGACGGGGCCGGAAGUGCGUCUACCUGCCUUGGUACAAUUGUUGUGAUGACCAGUAGAUGUCACUGUGACCUCAAGAUUCACAUCGUGACGUCAAUGUGGUGUCAAUAAAUACUUAAUUUUAAUCAUUA